AUGGCGACUAAUGAUGGAAAUAGUAGCUGUCAAUCGCAGUCGUUACCCACGUCAGUGUUAAUCCGAAUAAAAAGAAAGAUAUCAGAUCUAUCUGAUGAAUCUGCAGCGAUUGAUCAACCAGCCAGUAAACAUAGCAAAAAUAAGAAUAAUCCUCGGGGUGAUAAAGGUGCCUCGCUAUUGUUUAAGGAACCUACGCUGAAUCAACACAAGUUAUUUCAAUUUAUUGGCACCGUCAAUUCUACGGAAGAUAAAUUAGUUAAAACAACUGUUGUAGACCAGCUAAACAAUAGUCAAGGGAAGCGUUCUUUCUCCAAACACCACAAGGUCGACAUCGCAACUAUAAAAUCAAAACUCAAGAAAGAGCAACUAUUACAUCGAGAGAAACAACGAUUUAAAAUUGUCUCUCAUCGAAUUGCUAAAUUAAAGGAGAUCGCUAUUCAAGAACAAUCUAUUGAAGAUAUUGUAUCAAAUGGUGGGAAUAUCGAUCAAGGGUGCGGAAACUGCGAAAUUGUAGAUGUAGAGGAGUUACAAAGUGAAGUUGAAGGGAGGGAUUACGCUAUGCAAAGUGGUAUUACUUGCAAUGGAGUAGAAAUGACAAUACAGCAAUCGGAGGAAUCGUCACAAUCAAAUGCUAAGUAUACGUAUGAUUUGUAUUGGUGCCGAAAUAGCGCAUAUAGAACGAAUGAUGAAUUCACUAGUCUUGGCAAUACGAUAGAAUUUGAGAGCUUCGAUGAACAACUAUUAACGUUGGAUCAUUGGCAGCAAGAUAAAGAGUAUAAUGAACACUAUUAUGACGAAGAUGAUUCUAAUGACGAAAGCAAUUGGCGAAAUGAUUAUCCAGAUGAGGAUGAUUUAAAUUUAUGGGAAGAAUCAUCGGACGGUGGAAAUUCUUCCGAUGACAGUGAGGAUAAUUACUGUAAUAUUGGUAACUACGAAGAAGAGAACUAUGGAUAUUUCGAAGAAGGGCUAAGGCUGAGUGAUGCCGAUUAA